AAUGUGCGAAAUGACAGAGGCGUCAUCACCACCCCUGUUCUAGCCUUGAAUAGGAUUGAUGAUUCCAGUAAUGGAGGAAUUGUUCCCCUUGUUACCAAUGUUCUGCCUAAAGGGACUCUAAAUGCUACUCUCCCCACAACUACUGAUGACUUAGUUGUGGAAACCCCUCAAAACCAGGAAAACCUAGUGACAAUUGCUGGUUCUUGGAGUCAAGUUGUUAGGCAUGGCAAGAAUUCUACUUACCAACCACAAAUGGGAAAGUCUUUCCCAAAGAUGAAGCUGCAGUAUUUUGAGCCCACCAAGGACAAUGAACACAUUGUGGUUAAACCGCCCAAGGAAGUGGUAAACAGGGGAUGCCUUGAAUGGGAGACAUCCUUGGUAUGGUAUUUUAUUGAGCAAAAAGCUUCCGUAGUCGAUGGUUAA